GAGACGCGACUCUGCGAUCCUGACAGGAAAAAAAGACGCGAGGCAAACCGCUGGAUUUGGGGCUUUUACUUAUUUUUAUUUGUUCAUUUUAUUUUACUUUUUUUGAUUGAACCACUUGGGUCUGUCGGUUUCUGAGGAUGCGAUGGGCGGCGAGGUCAGUAAAAACAGUAAGAGAGAGGGAGCAGCUGCUCAGCGUCGACUCAGCCACGGUUUCCUUUCAAACGUGGGGGUCUCCAUUGCUCAUCGACUCGGACACUCUGCUGUGUUUUCUCAGCCUGUGGGAGCAGACAGCAGACUCCUGUUGCCUCCAGAGGACGGCGCUGAGACGACUCCUCCAGCGUUAAUCUCUGUCUUUCUGCCUGAGUUCCCACACCGCACAUUUCCUGAACAAGACCAUUUCCAGAUCCUGGGCUUCAUAGCUAAAGGCUCAUAUGGACCCAUCCUGAAAGUCAAAGAUAUUUGCAAAGAGAAGACCUAUGCUGUUAAGGUUCUACCAAAGUCUGAGUUAUUGAAGCAUGGAGUGCUGGAGCAGUCAAAAGAGGAAGUCAUCAUUCAGCGGCAGCUCAAACACCCUUUUAUCCACAAUCUGCAGGACUGCUGGCAGACGCAGCGCCAUCUCUUCAUUAUGUGUGACUACUGCAGCACUGGAGACCUGCACACUUAUUGGUUACUGAAGGGCCACUUUGGGGAGGAAGAGCUUCGGCUGAUUGCUGCAGAGCUGGGCAGUGCGCUGGGAUUCCUACAUGACUUAGGAAUCAUGCACAGGGAUAUAAAAAUGGAAAACAUUCUUCUAAAUGAUCAAGGUCACCUUCGACUGUCCGAUUUUGGACUGUCGCGCCGUUUGAAACGAGGAGGACGAGCUUUUACAAUAUGUGGGACGAUCCAGUACAUGGCUCCUGAAAUUUUAAGUGGGGGUCCAUACAACCAUGCUGCUGACUGGUGGUCUCUUGGCAUUAUGCUGUUCUCACUGGCAACAGGAGAGUUUCCGGUACCUGCAGAAACAGACCACAGUCGCAUGCUGACAAAGGUCAGAGAUUUUUCUUACGCGCUGCCCGAGACCUUCAGCUCUGCUCUGAUCUUACUGCUCACUGAGCUUUUGUGCAAGAACCCAGUGAACCGCCUUCGUAAUCUGGAGUGUUUCAAGAUGCAGGCAUUCUUCCGAGGCACCUCGUUCGAUCCUUACAUCCUCCAGAAGACGCCUGUUGAAUUCAUCCUCGAGCUCAGGACACACCCGGAUUGGGCAGCCAAAUCCACGAGAGGCUUUUCAUUGGAUCACUUUGAUAACUUUGACUGUGAACAAAUCCUUCACUCCCCCACGACUCCCACUGAAGUCGUGGGAGACUCCAAGUCUCCCACUUUGGCCAGUGUGGACCUGAACUCAGCUGCGGAGCAGACUUGCAAAGCAUAAAAUUGAUCUGUGUUUGUGGACCCAGAUACAUGAAUUCCAUCAUCUUUAAAUGCAAUUGUCCGAUAAAGCUUGAGUUUUAAAAUAAAGUUGCAUUUAUUUUAAACUCCAUAAUGUAGUUAGAGCAGCGGUUCUCAAACUGUGGUGCAGGCCCUGCUGCUGCUACAUGUAACAAACCAGGAUGUAAAACAAAUGAGUAAAACUGAGCUGAAUGAACAGUGGUGGAAAUAAAGUGGUUGAUGUACACUGUGAUCCUUCAUUAAAUUUAAUCGCU